AUGGACGAGGACUGCAACUAUGUCUCUCCCCACACCGCCUACCACAGAUUCCGGGUCCCGAAGCUACUUUGCGCUUUUUUCUUAGCCACCACACGCCUUGUCGACGGUCCAUCAGAAGAAAUUACUCAUGACAUCAGGAGGAGAGCCUAUAAAAUCCUGAUCUUUGGCAUCCGUUACGGCGUAUUAUCGGAUGUGCCUUUUUCACGAAUAUCUGAACUUGUUAGGCGUGGGAUGGAACACUCCGACCGGGCAGUAAGGAUGGAAGCUGGUCGGGCCUGUGCUGCUUAUGUAGAGGCUUGUUCUGGGACUUCAGGGGGGCCUGAUCCCACCGGGGCGCUCAUAGACCUAAUGACGACUUUAAUGCAAGCGAAAGACCCACGGAUCGUAGAGACUACUACCACAACUCUGGGGAAAAUUGGGCGUGUUUCUGAGAAUAGCAUGCUUGGUCGAGUCAUUCUGCUCUUAAUCGGUCACUGGGAUCAAAGAAACAGUCUCCUGAGGGGGUUGGCUUACAUUGAGCUCCGUGACUUGGCCCAAGCACAGAAUAAGUCUUCCUACACUUUCUUGUCUCCUUUCUUUCCCGACAUAAUCAAAUAUGUAACCGCGAACAUUUGCACCAAGCCUGCACUUCUGAGGGAGCUGGGGAGGUUUCUUGCUCGGGAGCCUUCCGAGCUUCUUGCUUUCACGCUCUCCUACUCAUUGCCCUCACUCGUGGCAACAUGUUCCAAGGAUGAAAUUAGAGCACUAUCCCAGCACGUUGGUCGUCCCGCUGCAGCACUCCUAAUAGAUAAGACAUCCGUGAUAUUGAAGGCCGUGUUCUUGCUCCCUGAUCCUGCUAGUACGGACCAGGCGCUUCUUUUCAUGACUAGCGUAGUCAAGGAGGCAGCGGGGGCUCGAGCUGACUCUGUAGACCCCCGAUCGUUGGUCAGCAGCAGCAUCGCGGAACUAUUAGCAGAGCUGGUGAUUUUGUUGGGUAGCAAUGAGUCAAAUAAUGAUGCAUUGGCUUCCGAAGCUCUCAGAAAGGUGCAGAGGGCCUUGUCGGAUCCGCGGAUUACCGCUCAAUCUACGGAUCCACAUGCUCUUAGAGACUUCCUGCAGCCACACCUACUUGCAAUUAUGACGUACAUCAAUGAAGUCCUUCAAGAAAUGCAAGGCAAAAAGACUCCUGCCUAUAAGGCCAUGGUCAUUCGCAGUCUUGGGACGCUGAUCGGAAUGAUCGGCAGCCCAGUCACCGCGAUUGCCCCGCAAAUCAUGGCAGCAAUACACACAAAUCUGCUCAUUCCUGGGCUCACUGAGGCUUGUUUGUCCACCUGGAAAUUUUUCAUGACUCAGCUUGCCCUUCGUGAUAUUGGUCCGUAUAUUGGACCAACGGCAGCAUCAUUUGUCACGAACUGGGAUCAUUUUUCUCCUCUCUGCAAGAGGAUCGCACGCGAAACUCUCGAAUACCUCCUUGUCGAGAAUGCAGAAAAUGUCAAAUCCCACCUCAACAACGUUGUUUCACUCUCUGACAUCGCAGAAUUGAGGGACUGUGCCACUCGUCUAGAGCAAAUGACAAGCGGUCGCGAUGCUACUUCCAAGCUGGAUAAUUUCUUGGAGCGCUGCCUAAGUGAGAACAUCACUAUCUCGAGCCUAUCUCUCGUCGAGCUUAAACAAUACCUCACUGAUAACGAUAUGCUCAUCCGUCAUCUUGCAUCUGGGGAUCAUUUUGAUUCAGCAAUAUCGACCAUCAUCAAGGUUCUUUUCAACCUCGCCUCUAGGGAUGGUGAUGUAUUUGACGAGUUGCGUCUGGUGGCAUUUGAAUGUAUUGGUUUGCUUGGUGCACUGGACCCUUUCCGUUUCGAAACACCAACGGAAUCUCCACCAAUGAUCGUUCUCAACAACUUUGAUGAGGGGGAGGAGGCCAAAACCUUCGCCCUCUAUCUCAUACAGCACCUUCUCGUGGACGCCUUCCGUUCAACAAGUGACCUCCGAUACCAGAGUCACUUGGCUUUUGCAAUCCAGGAGCUUCUCAAAUUUUGUGAAUUCACAUCUGCUCUCAUUAAAAACGAGAAGUCAGUCCAAGUUAAAACGCGUGCACGGUGGAAGACCCUUCCCGUCCAUUUGCUUGAUACCAUUACGCCCUUGCUUGAAGGGAAAUUCUCCCACGAAGCUUCCGAAUUCCCCAGAGUUGUCUACCCCAUAUAUCGGACCACAAUGUCCUACCGCGAGUGGCUGCAAAUCUGGGUGACCGACAUGGUGGGAAAGACAUCAGGAAAGGACGCUGGGACAAUUUUCAACAGCUGUCGUUUAGCCAUUCGCAGUCAAGAUGUCCAAGUGGCGCGGUUUCUCAUCCCGCACCUUGUUCUGAAUAUUCUCAUGUCAGGAAACGAUGACGACAAACUGGCGAUCCGGUCUGAAAUCGUCACGGUUCUAGAGGAUCAAGCUACUCAUCAAGAUGGUUCAGUGGUUGAUCAUCGAGUGCUGAGUGCUCAGACUGUUUUCCAUCUUCUGGACCAUAUGUGCACGUGGAUUCGUGUUGCACGGCGACAUAUCACCGAGAAAGAGAGGCGCUCACGAAAUUCCGGUAGUAGCGAUCUUGAGAUGCAAGUGAUGGCUGUAGAGUCGAUGAUUAGCAGUCUCGACCAAGAGCUCUUGGCAACAGCGGCUCUCAACUGCAAAUCAUAUGCCAGAGCUCUUAUGACCAUAGAACAAGUCAUACAAUCCCGUUCCGCAGUGGGGACGAAAAAUGAUCAACUCCAAUCUUACUUGGAGCGAUUACAUCUGAUCUACGCGCACCUCGAUGAACCUGACGGCAUGGAGGGUGUUUCCACAAAAAUUCUAUCUCCCUCCCUCGAACAUGAGAUUCGAGAGCACGAAAGUACUGGCAGAUGGACAUCCGCGCAAAGUUGUUGGGAGGUACGGCUCCAGCAAUCCCCAGACGAUGUUGAUCUCCACAUCGGACUGUUGAAAUGUUUGCGUAAUCUCGGACAUUACGACACCCUAAGGACUCAUAUAAGAGGGAUACUUACCAGAUCCCCUGAGUGGGAACAGAAGCUUGCUGGUUAUCAUGCCGAAAGUGCUUGGAUGACUGGUGACUGGGAUACUGUAAAUGAAAUUGUUCAGCGCACAAAAAGCGAUCUACCCGAGUUGGUUAUUGCACGACUGCUGUUGUCCCUCCGCGGCCACGACGAGCGUCAGAUCAUGGACGCAUUCCAACAGGCAAGGUGCGUCUUGGGUGCUUCGAUCACUUCCUCGGGGAAGUAUUCAUAUCGUCGCACGUAUGACGCUGUUAUAAAUCUUCAUGUCGUGCACGAGUUGGAGAUGAUCCACAACACGCAAACCACCAUUUCUCGACGCCGAUUAGGGGAUCAAGGGACGUUAGCUUCCCUGCAGCGCACAAAAUCUUCUCUCAGGAGCAGGUUGGAGCAAACACUGCCAACAUUUAAAACUCGGGAGCCGAUUCUAAGCAUGCGACGUAUUGCCUUAGGGCUUAGACCCGACCUGACUGAUUCGUUCAAAUCCGACCUUGGCCAAGCAUGGCUUGCAAGUUCCAAGAUCGCUCGCAAAGCUGGCCACUUCCAAACUGCAUACACUUCAAUUCUCCAGGCACGUCAAUUGGGCACUCCAUACAGCUUCAUUCAGAGUUGUAAACUCAUCUACACCGAGGGAGACGCUCUCAGGGCUUUGCAUGAGCUGAACAGUGCUCUCAGAGAUUCCCAAGUUGACACUAAAAUGGAUCUUUCCGAGGACAGGUUGGACGCGGAAGAACAAAUGUUGAAGGCUAAGGCACUUCUCCUUCGUGCACGCUGGACGCAUGAGACCCGACGCUCGGAUUCAAAUGAUCUCCUGAGCAAAUAUACUGAAGCUGCCGAAGUAGUUUCCGAAUGGGAGAGUCCUUACUUUUAUUUGGGGGCCUACCAGGACGAACUUUUUAGAGUAUCCAGUGACCCAAGAAUCCGGUGGGUAGGAAGCAGGGCUCGUCAUCAGGCCUGCAAAUAUUACAUAAAAGCAUUGAAGUUUGGGUCUAAAUUCGUCUACCAGGCUAUGCCGAGGCUCUUGACGAUAUGGCUUGACAGUGGGGCUGAUUCGGAACUAGUCGAGAUUUCCCAAUCAAAAUUAAAUAAGUCAGUUGAGGAUGCCAUUGGUAGUUUGCCUCCCUAUCAGUGGUUCACUGCAUUCCCACAGAUAAUCUCACGGAUAGGCCAUCCAAAUACGGUCGUAUACUCUAUUCUCGCAUCCUUGGUGUCGCACGUACUUUGUACCUAUCCUCAACAGGCCCUUUGGCUUUUCACUGUUGUCGUCCACUCUCAGAGGCAAGAGCGAAGGCAGCGAGGAAGAGCUAUCAUUGACCGGGUUAAGUCUCGCAGUGCACGCAACGAUCAAACUUCGAUCUUGGUUAACGAGUGGCUGCUGAUGACUCAGGAGUUCUUGACCAUGUGCGACAAAGACGCGAAGAAUUGCAGACAAGGCGAAGAGAUGGUGGUGGAUUUGAAAACGUUUGCUCCUCUGCUUCCCAAAAUGACACCAUGUUCCUUGAUUAUACCUCUCCAAAAUUCCUUGACGGUGACCGUCCCAUCCGCAGGGCAAUCUAAAGAUAUCCAUAAACCUUUCCCUCUCAAUCUUCCGGCUUUCCAUCAAUUCAACGAUGAAGUGACGUUAAUGUCCUCAUUAAUCCGGCCAAAGAAGUUUACAGUCAUGGGAAGUGAUGGUAUUCGUUACAAUCUCCUGGGGAAACCGAAAGACGAUAUGAGGAAGGACGCUCGCUUGAUGGAUUUCAACUCAAUGAUCAACAAGAUGUUGAAGAUUAAUUCCGAGUCCAGAAAGAGGCAGCUACACAUCAGGACGUAUGGUGUGAUUCCUCUCAAUGAGGAAUGCGGAUUGAUCGAAUGGGUAAACAAUACCAAGGGUUUCCGCCAUAUCCUUAAAGAACUCUAUGAAGCUCGUGGCAUCCAGCUUAUGGCGAGUGAUAUUCAUGCUAUUAAAUCAGGCACGGACAAAUCAGUCAUGGACAAACCUGGACGCAUGAAGUUUCUUGUUGAGGAGAUUCUGCCCCAAUUUCCCCCCGUCUUUCAUGAGUGGUUCAUUGCUACAUUUCCUGAACCCUCGACGUGGUUGGCCUGUCGCCUAAAUUAUGGUAGAACUCUUGGAGUGAUGUCCAUGGUUGGGUUCAUUCUGGGGUUGGGAGACCGCCAUGGCGAAAAUAUUCUGUUUGAUUCAGUCACCGGAGAUACAGUUCAUGUUGACUUUAAUUGCAUUUUUGAUAAGGGGCAAUAUCUCGAUAUACCGGAAGUUGUGCCUUUCCGGCUAACGCAAAACUUGGUUGACGGUUUGGGGGUCACUGGUGUUGAAGGGGCGUACCGGAGGGCAUGCGAAGUAACAAUGCAACUUCUCAGAGAUAACAAAGACUCAUUAAUGAGCGUUCUUGAAGCAUUCACUCAUGAUCCGAUCUCUGAGUGGGAGACAGAGCGGAAGCGUGAGGAACGUCUUCGUCGACGAAGGGGCGACCCCAAUCCUCAUGUCCCUAAACUUUCAGAACUGGUUCAGCGUGCCCUUGGCCCGAUUCAGGAAAGGCUUAGUGGCACGCAUACAUUCAGAACGGAAAACACAGCACGUAGCUCAGCUAUUUCAACUCCGAACCAAGUUGAACGGUUGAUUAAGGAGGCCACAAGCCCAUUGAACUUGGGGAGCAUGUACGUUGGUUGGGCGGCGUGGCUAUAG